AACGGCACCCUCUUGUCUUAAGUUUUUUUUUUUUUCUAUUCCGGGCCCGGUGUCCCGUCACUUAUUUAGCCCUCCACACUCCAUUAUCCAAUCCCCCUAAUCCCAUUUCCAUUUUUGCCUUAUUGUCUACACACUAUUCUUGUUCAUUAGUAGUAGUACCAUCUCCAUUUUUUGACUUGUUACUCUCUUCCUACAAAUGUCAAAAACUUAUACCUCUGAAAUUUAGUUUGAGAGCACUUGCUGAGAGAGAGAGUUAGCUGAAUGCAUCAUCACGCCAACAUAUCCCUCAAACCACCUUCUUCUUCCAAUUCUGCAACCCUUACCCACCACCAUGCCUUUUUAUCUCCAAACCUAUUUCCCCAAAACCCUAAUUAUGUAGUUCACCCACUCAGGAAGAAGCUUCGUUGUUCCAAUUUCAAUUGCAAAGGCCUUGAAAUUACCGUCCCUAAACUCCGCCCUAACUCUCUCAACAAUGGCGAUGACAAAUUCAGAAGCGUCACUGCUGUCAAAGAUGUUGAUAUUGCCACUCUUGGGAAUCUCUGUAUCGAUAUUGUUCUCAAUGUCCCUCAAUUACCUCCUAAGCCUUUAGACCAGCGCAAGGCUUAUAUGGAACAGUUAUCCAAAUCCCCUCCCGAUAAGCGGUAUUGGGAGGCAGGUGGAAACUGUAAUGUGGCUAUAGCAGCUGCAAGGCUUGGCCUUCACUGUAUCACAAUUGGCCAUGUUGGCGAUGAAAUAUAUGGACGCUUCCUCAUUGAUGUGCUUAGUGAUGAGGGGAUUAGUAUUGUUGGGAUGAAUGAGCAGAGUGAAGUACUUAAUCUUCCAAGUUCUGACUAUGAAACACUACUAUGCUGGGUGUUAGUGGACCCUUUGCAGAGACAUGGUUUUUGCAGUCGUGCAGAUUUUAAUGUGGAUCCUGCAUUCAAUUGGAUGGACAAAUUAUCUACUGAGGUAAAGAUGGCCAUUAGACAAUCGAAGAUCCUGUUUUGCAAUGGUUAUGACUUUGAUGAGCUCUCCCCGAGCCUUCUUGAAUCUGCUGUUGAGUGUGCUGUUGAAUCUGGGACAUCUAUCUUUUUUGACCCUGGACCACGAGGUAAGAGCCUUCUUGCAGGAAGACCUGAAGAAAAAAGAGCACUUGGCAAGUUGUUGAGGAUGAGUGAAGUGCUUCUCCUGACUUCAGAGGAGGCAGUAUCUUUAACUGGUAUUGAUGACCCAAUCUUGGCGGGCCAGGAGUUGCUCAAGAAUGGAGCUUGUACUAAGUGGGUGAUUGUUAAGAUGGGCCCGAAGGGUUCAAUUUUAAUCACCAAAUCAAGCAUAACUUGUGCACCUGGUUUCAAGGUCAAUAUUAUAGAUACUGUGGGCUGUGGAGAUAGUUUUGUGGCUGCAAUUGCAUUUGGCUUCAUACAUGACUUGCCUUUGAGUUAUACGUUAACCCUUGCGAAUGCGGUGGGCGCUGCAACUGCUAUGGGGUGUGGUGCUGGUAGAAAUGUUGCCAGUUUGAGGAAGGUCCUGGAACUAUUGAAGGAAUCAAAUUUGAACGAGGAUGAUAAGUUUUGGGAUGAAGUACUGAAUGAUAAAGUGAACACUCAGGAUUUAACUGUGCUGUCAAAAUUGGUUAUAAAUGGUAACCAUCAGGUGAACCGUGUCUCCGUUCAAAAGGUGGUAUCAGAACUGCUACCUAAGCUUGAAUCUGCACCAGCAAAGAAGGUUGCGGUUCCUUCAAAGAGAUGAAAUGGUCUUCUGGGACAAAUAGAUUUUUGUAGCUGUUACGUUGAUUGUGGCAUAUGUACCUUCAUGGAAAGAAAUGCUUGAAUUGGAGAUGGGUCUAGCCUGCUCAUUAUGAUAUGCACAGUAUUAUUAUGGUUGCUGCCUUGCCGGUGGUGGAAUUGGCAGUUUUGAUCUAAAUAAGAAGUGCCCAGAUACUGUCCGUUGAUCUGCCUGCAUGCAUGAGAGGAAAUUAGCACAUCAAUUGAGCAUUAGUAUUUGCAGGAAAUUUGAUCGUCCUGCUUGAUCUGAUUGCUCCAACGUGCACGCUUGAGGAGCUGUGCCUUGCUUCCUGUAUUUUUAUUCUUACAACAUCUGUGACCACCUGGAAUAUCAGGGGUGAUGUUAGUUGACAUGUUAUUCUGACAUGUUACAGAAGGAACCACAAGCCAUGUCUUACAAUGGAUUCUGUUCAUCAUAUUUUUCAAAUUUAGAAUGUUGUGUAGGAGAAGCCAAUUUUUGUUCAUCAUAUUUUUGUUUGCACAUCAAUUGGCCAUUGUCACCAUUUAUGAUUAAUAUUGUUGGGCACUGAA